AUGCCCAGCAAGCGGAGACGCGACACGGAGCAAAUCUUCGACCCCAACGAGUCGGAUCCCGAUGAUGAGAACUUUGAGCCCGGCGACGACCGACCCUCACGACCCAAGAAGCGAUCGCGCUCCAACAAGAGCGCCAAGAGCGGGAGGAAGCGACGAGGCGCGUACGGAGGCUCUGAUAUCGAUGACGAUGAAGACGUCUCUGACAGCAACGAAGAAGUAUCCUUCGACGAUGAUGACGGAGACGAGGACGAGGACGAGGACGAGGAGGAUGCGCCCGUCAAUGCUGCAGGCCGGAGGACUCGAAAGGCCGCCGCUAAGCCUGUCAAGUACGAGGAGAGCGACGAAGAAGAGGAGGAGGACAACUUCGACGACGACGACGAUGACUCGGAUGACGCCCCGACGAACAAGAAGAAUCGUAAAGCGGGCAAAUCUCGACAUCGCGGGGCAUCCAACCGCCUAACGGCUGGGUGCUUCUCAAAGCCUUUCGAAGCGCCGCGCAGGAGAACCCGUUCACAGACCGAAGAAGCCGAAGACCUCGUCGAGCUCAGUAAUUCUGGCAACCAUGAGCGCCCGGUGUCUCGGUCCUCGAAGAGUAAAAGUCCAGACACAUUUAACCGCAUCCGCUCGUCUCGCGCGGCUAAGGGUAUCAAGAAACCGCCCGAGACCAUUGAGGAGGCGACACAAGAGAGCAGUGUCCUCCCCCACGACGAAGACGAAGACGAGCUUGCGGGCAGUCACGAAGAUGUUGCUGUCGAUGCGCAGCGUUAUGCUGAGAUGCAGGAUGUCGACAAAGACGUUGCGCAAGAUGCGUCCGUCAAGGGCGAUGUGGCUGCCGAUGAAGACGACGACGACGACGAUGAUAUCCCCAUCACCAACAGACGCGCCACACGUGCAGCGAGGAGCGGUGCCUCCGCUGCCGCAUCUAUCGAGGAGCCCGAAGCCGAAGUGGACGAAAAUGAGAAGAAGGCUCGGCCUCGUCUGACACGUGGCUUGUCGCGCAAAUCAAAAUCCGCCCAAGAGCCUAGCAGCGACUUUGAACCGGGCGAGGAAUCGGGUGAAGAUGCUGGCAUGUCGGAUUCGUCUGACAAAAAGGCUCAUCGGGCUGCUACUGAUGUCGAUAGCCCGACACCACGCGGCCGGGGCAAGCGCCGCUCCGCUCGUAGCUCCCGUCGCGGUCAAGACUCCGACGACGAAGAAGAGGUGGAGCUGGACCGCGAUGAGAUCGCGGACGAGCUCGUAGACCUUGUGCCCGAGAAGCGCCCACGCCGCCGGCGCACAUCGCCCGAGAUCAUCUACCAGGAAACCUCCAAGAGACGCCGUGCUGCUGCCAAGCCGAUGAACUAUUUCAUGCCGCCGGUCACGGCGCUGGCUGUCGAAGAAGACGAGGCCGACGAGCCGGCGCGCACGCCUGCCCGUAACCGCCGUGGUGGUCGUGGUGGUGCCAGUCAGAACUGGGAUCGCCUUGUCAACGCUACCUACGGCCCCUUCGGAGGCGGCGGUGGCGCAGCGACGACGAGAUGGGCCACCGCUCCGAAUACCAAGGCACUUGCAGAUGCGGACCCACUUGGAGUUGACCUGUCUGUGGACUUCAACCAGGUCGGCGGUCUGCAAGGCCACAUCGACCAGCUCAAGGAGAUGGUGCAGCUUCCUCUACUGUACCCUGAGCUGUUCCAGAAAUUCCAUGUCACACCACCACGAGGUGUCUUGUUCCACGGCCCUCCUGGUACCGGUAAGACUCUUUUGGCACGAGCGCUCGCCAAUUCAGUCAGUGUCGGUGGCAAGAAGAUUACCUUCUACAUGAGGAAGGGAGCUGAUGCCCUCAGCAAGUGGGUUGGCGAAGCCGAGAAGCAGCUUCGUCUGCUCUUCGAGGAGGCGAGAAGAACGCAGCCGAGUAUUAUCUUCUUUGACGAGAUUGAUGGCUUGGCACCCGUUCGGUCCAGUAAGCAAGAGCAGAUCCAUGCGUCCAUCGUCUCGACGCUGCUCGCGCUCAUGGACGGUAUGGACGGCAGAGGUCAAGUCAUUGUGAUUGGCGCCACCAACAGACCCGACAAUAUUGACCCCGCGCUGCGUCGGCCAGGUCGCUUCGACCGCGAAUUCUACUUCCCUCUUCCCGAUGUCGAAGGCAGGCGCUCAAUCCUCAACAUUCAUACGAAAGAUUGGGGUCUCUCGGAAGAGUUCAUGCAAUCUCUGGCUGAGAAUACAAAGGGUUAUGGAGGUGCUGAUCUUCGCGCUCUCUGCACCGAAGCUGCGCUCAACUCCAUCCAGCGAACCUAUCCUCAGGUGUACUCCUCCAAGGAAAAGCUCAUUGUGGACCCCGGGAAGAUUCAGUGUCACGCCGCCGACUUCAUGAUGUCCAUCAAACGCAUGAUUCCGUCGUCAGAGAGGUCUGCAGGCAGUGGAGCGGCCCCGCUUCCAAAGUCGAUCGACCCUCUACUGCGCGACCAGUUCAGCAGCAUCAAAAAGUCCCUGGAUGAGUUGCUGCCGCGUAAGAAGAAGAUGACAGCGCUGGACGAGGCCAUGUACGAACAAUUCGAUGAUGACGACCAUGGCUUUGGCCGUGAGGCCUUGUCCCAGGAGUUUGAGCGCUCGCGCAUCUUCCGACCUCGGUUCCUAAUUUCUGGUGUCUCUGGUAUGGGACAGAGCUAUCUAUCCUCUGCUUUGCUCCACUACUUUGAGGGAGUUCAUGUACAAAACUUUGGUCUGCCAAACUUGCUUGCCGACGGACGUCCCAUGGAGCAAGUCAUUGUCGGACUAUUUACUGAAGUCAAGAGACACAAGCCUAGUGUCAUCUAUAUCCCGAACAUCGACGUCUGGUUCAUGGGCAUUUCGGAUGUUGCCCUUGUCACAUUCAAAGCUAUGUUGAAGUCGAUUCCUCCGACAGACCCGGUCCUUGUGCUUGCAACCGCAGAACAUGAGGAAGGCGAACCCACCCCCCCCGAGCUCCUGAAAGACAUCUUUGGCUUUUCGAGGAAGAACAGGCUGGAGAUUGCUCGGCCAAAGCAGGACAAUCGCCGCGAAUACUUCAGCACCAUUAUCGAGCACAUUCGCAAGAGCCCAACCGAGUUCCCCGAUCCGACCAACCGCAAGAAGCGUGUGCUCGAGGAACUCCCCGUUGCUCCACCGCCGCCUCCCAAGGUUCUCUCGCGAGAAGAAAUCAAGGCACAGCAAAAGAAAGACCAUCAGAUGCUGAACAUUCUCAAGGUCUUGCUGCAGCCCAUCAUGGACCAGAUCAACCGAAAGUACAAGAAAUUUAGACAACCAGUCAUACCAUCGCACCUCCUCGAACACCUCUUCCUCGAGACUGAUCCUAACUACAUCCGGCCCGAUCUUGCCGAGGGCGAGGUGCGCCCGUAUGAGAUUGUCAAGGACAAAGACGGCACCGACAUUCUGAGAGAGACAGCUACUGGCAAGACAUUUUAUAACCUGGAGACUACCACCAUCGAGGAGCGCCUCUCCAAUGGGUUCUACUGCCGGCCGCAAGACUUUUACCGGGACAUCAAGACGCUUGCCAAGGACUCGAGAGCCAUCGGCGACAAGGAGCGAACGCUCAAGGCGAACGAAAUCGUUACCAACGUUGAUGUCGAUGUGGCCGGCGUCAUCCAACAAACGGCUCACAUUGACUGGGAUGCUCUCAAACACAGACAGAUUGAACGCGCCAAACUUGCCGCCGACAAGGAACGAAAGCGACGGGCAAUGCAAUCCAUCGUGGAUAGGGUGCAGUCCGAUACCGCCGCCGGCAAUGACAGUGAUUCGCAGGGUCCGGUCGUUCUGGGCGAACCUAUUCCCGGCUCUCGACACACGACGACACGUUUCCAGCCCAUAAGCCCGCUCCGGACCGCGGACGCGAUAGGCUCUGACUUGCAUUCGCACAGCAAUGGCAACACCAAGCCAUCUCGCCUUAGCGAUGUCCAGAUGGGCGGCGUUGAUGAUGAUACCCAGCCGAUCUAUGAGCCCCAUGUCAUGAAGCCGCCUGCUCCGGAGUGGCUUCGCACGGAUCAUAUCACCACAACCUCGUCUGCAAUGGCAACGGCUGGCAACACACAGCUGUCCCAACGAUCUGUCGUCACGACUGUGCCGCCCGGCGUUUCCCCUUCUGCCUUGCUGAACGACGCGUCAACCACAAAGACGUCUGACCCUUCGGAUCGAUCUUCCAGCAAGUGGAGCACGCAACACACCAACGGCUACCAUGCGGACCACAACGCACGCAUGGACGACUCGCAGCUUCCCGACACGCAGAUACCUCCCGGAGGUGGUGGCAGUCAGCUCGGCGACGACCAAUGGCAGCAUUCGCAGCUGGACGCCCUCCACCGUCCCAGUGACGGGCCGGCGACCCAGUCCUCGCAAGUGAACUCUACGCCUUCAGCGGCGCAAAAGUCGCAGGCCAUCAGCUUGGGCAACAUACUGAAUGACUCGCCAACGAAUGACCAUAUUCGCAACUCGGGCUCGUCAUCCUCGCAGCAGCAGGUCGUGAUUCACGAAAGCCGCGUCGAGGCGCUGCAUGACGAACUCACAAGCCGCACGUCCGGCUGCACUAUUGAGCAGCUCGAACAGAUCAACCGCGAACUCAUGGACGAGGUGUGGAAGACGAGAGGCGACUGGAACCGCAUGACUGUGCUCGGAUGUAUCACACGGGUGUUCAACGACACGAUAAAGGACAUUGAGGACAUCCAGGGUUUGCUGCAGCAAAGCCAGGAGUAG